AUGGCUGCUCCCUCGCCCUCUGCUCCCUCCGUUGCCCUCUCACCCUCUACCUUGCCUCUCGCCCUCUACCUCACCUCUCGCCCUCUACCUUGCCUCUCGCUCUCUGCCCCACCUUCUCACCCCUCGUUCGCUCCUUGCGUCCUCGCCCUCUGCCUCACCCUCUUGCCCUCUGGCCCCUCCUUCAUCCCUUUUUCACCCGCGAGUGACGACGAUGAUGAUGGCAGGCAAGGGCAGUGGACGACAGAGACUAUUUUCAAUGCCAUCUUUGAGGUCAUGGGCAACACUCCAACUCCCAAACUCAAAGAUCUCCUAUUGGAAAAAAUCUCUGUCGACUUCAAAGCUCUCGAUGCUUUUUACAGUAACAAAGACAAAGAAGUGCAGCAUGGUGAUACACGGUUCCUCACUGAUGCUCACUUCCUGCAGCUCCGGCAAGCAUUGGAGAUGCAUGACAGCCAGUACAGGGCUUCAGGAGCAACAGUCCAUGCUCCCUCUGCCCCAGCUCUUGCCCAAUCCGCUCCACCUGUUCCUGUUGCUGAAGCUGUUCUGCGGAUGCCCCCACCCAUUCCAUGCAUGACAGCUCCCCAGCCCACUCUGCCCGCUCCUGUAACCGAGGCCGCUCUACCUGGUCCUAUUGCCCAACCCAUUCUGUGUGCGCCAGCUGCUCAGCCCACUUGCAAACCUGCUCCACCUGCACCAAUGGUUGCACCUAGCCCCACCUCAUUGCUGCCUAUGUGUUCCAAUGUGGCAACAACCCAGGAAACUUUCAAUUUUCCGCCCACCAUCAACCCCAGUCUCAUUGGAUCACGAGCAGCACCCCCUCUGGUACAGGCGUCAGUUGUUGGCAACGGUCCCAAGGUCCUUCCACGCACUCAGUCUGCUGCACCCCCAGGUCAUGCACCAGCGCAAGUUCCUGUGCGGUCUCAGUCAACUUCCCCGGCAGCCAAGGGGGAACCUGCAACGGCUCAGAAUGUCCAUUACCAGCCCCCUGUUCGUUUGACUACCCAUGGCAGUCCACCUGCACCAAUUCCCAAUCCCGUCAAGUCCACCAGCACGAGGCAGAAGAUCUGCUUGCCAGAAAUGGUUGUCGACGACGACGACAAUGAUAAUGACGAAAGAAAUCCCGCUCCAGGUACUGUCCCAUCAAUGGCUGGCCCGACGAUGUCCGCCGAUGCCCCUUUCACCCUCAUUCUGUCUGCCCAACCCUUCUACACUUUCCCUCCCUCGGGCGAAUUUGUUCCCAUGGAUCCCCUUAACAGGAUUCCUGUGGGGUAUGACACGUUUCCUACAGGAGCCUUCGUGUCCCCCACUAUAGUUCCACCGUUGAACGGCCAACCAUCUUACGCUAAUGCAGAGGUUCAGCCCGUCAACAAGAACCUCGGCCUACAGUGUGACUACUGCAUCAGUCAGUCAGUAGUUUGCUGCCUGCCUCCCCCACCUGGGAUCAAGGCUGGUCAGAAGGAGCGACCAAAGGAGGCCUGCAAGCUGUGUGCUCAGCGCAAGCACCAGUGCACAUACAACGGCAAGCAAAAGGACACAAAGGGAAAGUCUCAGGGCAAGUCAGAUGCCAGUGGAGACACCACACUGGAUGCAAAGUCCGAGACUCGCUCAGACAUCAUUGACAUGACCAACGGAGAUAGCUCGAAAGUGCUGUCUGUUGUUGAGGUGGAGGAGGACAAAGUCCACUGCCCACUCGAGGUUGCACGUGAACAAGGCCACCCGCUCCACCUGUAA